UUGUUAUGGACAAAAAAUUUUUCAAUGAAUUCACAUGUUCAGAUGGAUUUCCUAUACAAUUUGGUGUAAAUUUGAAAAUGUUGUCCAAGCUUUUAAAAAAUGUUGACAAGGAUAACCAGAUAACUUUUUUGUACGACACUAACAAGGCAAAACUAACGUUGACUACACAGUUUGGUUACGAGUAUAAAAUCGAUAUCAUGGAUACAGAUGAAGAACCUAUUGCUGAUACAGAGAUUCGAUGUCAUGUUGAUGCUGAGUUUUGCAUGCAGUCUGACUCAUUCAUUCGUUUAGUAUAUGGCCUGAGUUACACUAGUUCGAAAUUUUUCAUGCUUAAUUUUAACAAAAAAAAUAAUUGUGUUACGUUUGUUUCCGCAAAAGCUGAUAUUUCCGUGAGACGAACAAUAUAUCACGAUGAACAAAGAAAUCAAAUGGUUGUUGUGACUUCAGAUCAGGAUAGUUUGCAAACAUUAGUUUACAAAAAUGAUAUUUUUAUCAGGCUUUGUAAACUUUUCUCGGAAACUCAAACUAUCAGUCUUUCAGUUGAUGUAAACAGGAAACUGACGAUGUGUGCUUUGCGAUCGAAAGAUGCUCACAAACUUGAUUAUUAUAAGUGUACAAUUUUUAUACCCUUUGAACAGAAUAUAGAUACACAUGCUAUUAUCUAGCUAUGAAGAAUCAAAUAAAAAGUUA